AUGAUUUGUGAGAUUGAACAUUACAAUACUCGAGUUCUGAAGACGAAGUUCCUUACUCACGUACUUGCUAUCUUUGGCGCUUUAGUUUCUUUCGCUUCGGCCGAUCUUCACACUUACUGCGCUUGUCAAGGUGGUACUGGUCUCCCCAUCCAUGUCUACGCAACUCAACGUGUACAUGAUCAAAACCAGGAGGUUUUGAAGUGGGGCCAAGAUGCCCCUGGUAUAUGGCUCGGGCACGCGUCGGGGCUAGGUCCUCGCUUCGGUGGUUCUUUCGUCGAACGCAAGGUCGGCAGAAUCGACGGCAAAUGGAUGUAUAAUCAAGGCCGUCUCUACGGUGGCUUGGAUUCCACUUGCUUUGAGUGCUCGCGGGUUCAGAUGAACGGCAAGGAUAAGAUUUGCACCCAGAGCUAA